AUGUCCUACUAUCCUAAAGGCCACCGUGAUACUGGCGACAAUGUUGACGAUUUCAAUGAAUUUGAUCCCACCCCUUAUGGAGGAGGAUACGACAUCGAUUUGACGUACGGCCGGCCGAUGCCGCCGUCUGAGGUAAUUUGCUACCCCAUCACCUCCUCUGCUUCUGAUGGGAUCAACUAUGACCGCCCACAAUAUAACUCCCAUGCUGAACCCUCUGCAUAUGCUGAUGAGGCUCUGGACAAUGAGUACAAGAGUUAUGCCCGGCGGAAGACUAGACCCGACCAGAAUUCGUAUGGUGGUGGUAGUGGUGGGGUUGGAGGAAACAGACCUGGAGGAGGAUCCGGCUAUGGAUCCGGGUAUGCAGGGAAGACUGAGUAUGAGAAGCCUGAAUCAGUACAUGGUGGACCUGGAUAUGGCCGGAAGCCCGAUUAUAAUAUGGCCACUUCGGAAGUUGGAUCCGGAUAUGGUCAAAAACCCGAGCCAACCUCGGAUUAUGGAUCUGGCUAUGGGCACAACCCCGAGUAUGAGGAUCCUAGUUUGGGAUCCGGGUAUGGAAGGAAGAGUGAAUACGAGGAGCCCACCUCAGAAUAUGGAUCUGGGUAUGGGCGGAAAUCAGGGUCCGAGUAUAGUGGAUCGGAGGGAUUUGGGAGGAAGAGUGAAUACAAGGAGCCCACCUCGGAAUAUGGAUCUGGGAGGAAAUCAGGGUCCGAGUACAGUGGAUCCGAGGGAUUUAGAAGGAAAAAUGACCUCGAGGAGACAGGUUCUGGAUAUGGGUCUGGGUACGGGCGGAAGAUUGAAUCUGAAGAGUAUGGAUCGGGUGGGUAUGGAAAGAAGAAUAGCCACAGGGAAGAGGAGCGUGGUGGUGGAUAUGGGUCAGGGUACGGACAAAGUACUGAGUCCAAAGAGUAUGAAUCGGGUGGAUAUGGGAAGAAGAAUGGCUAUGGGGAAGAGAAGAGUGGUGGAGGAUACGUAUCGGGUGGCUAUGGUGGGAAGCCCGAUAGGCAGGAGUAUGGUGAGGAGAGUCCCAAGUAUGGAAGGUCGAGUUAUGAUACUGAGGAUCAUGAAAGGCCUAGUUAUGGAAGGUCCGAGGAAGAUGACUACAGGAAGACAAGCUAUACAAGGCAUGACGAUGAUGACAAGGACUAUGAUCAUAGAAAAUAUAAAAAUAAUGAUAAUUCUGAUGAGGAUGAGGACGAGGAGGAGGAGGAGGAGGAGGAGAAGAAUCGCCACAAGUCCCACCAUCACCAAAAGAAGCACUAUGAUGAGUAA